AUGGAUCUGGUUGCUGGUGUGCGAAAAGAAGGCAGCCGCGGAGGCCGCAAUGAAUUCAAAUGGUCCGAUGUCAAGGACUCGGCCCAUCGCGAGAAUUACCUGGGCCAUUCGCUGAUGGCCCCAGUUGGGCGGUGGCAGCAGGGUCGUGAUCUGCAGUGGUAUGCCAAGGGCGAUGAUGACGAUGAAGAAGAACAAGCUCGAAAAGAGCGCGAGGAGCUCCAGCGCGUCAAAGAUGCCGAGGAAGAGGCCAUGGCUGUCGCUCUGGGUCUGCCACUACCCCCAAAAUCCGACUCAAAUGCCAAUAUGGUUCCUCUGGGAAUUAAGGGGAGGGGAGCGGCGGAUGAGGAGCCAUCCGAUGCUAAGGAGCUAGAGGCACAUCCGCGCCCAAGGCACAGCCACAGACAUGUGAAGACAGGGGUCAUGAUCGAGAGCGCCGACACCGUAGACAUGAGGGCCGCGAUCGUCACCAUCGCAGUCGUCGGCACAGGUCACGCUCGAGCGGUAGAGACCGCCGCCGCCGAUCCCCCUCCCGCUCCCGCUCCCGAGACCGAUACCGCAGAAAAGACGAUGAACACCAGAGACGCCGACGAGUCGAUCGCAGCAGCUACUCUCCGGGUGAGCGGCGACACCAUCCCGAACGUGAAAGGGGCCGAGGCGAUCACGACCGUCGACAUUAAUAUCUACACCAGGAUCUAUCGAUUGAACACCAAGAGAAAGGGGAUGGUUUAA